AUGUCUUUAUCCGAUCCGAAUUCCUUUACCGAUGACAUUCCGCAACAAGAAGCAGAGGAAGAAAAAUCGUUAGAAGAACUCGAACAACAGCUCUCACAAUUUACGGAACAAUUAAAUCAAUGUGUCUUGUUGUCGCAACAAGAACCCGAGAAUGAAGAGUAUGGUGCUCUCAUUGAUGACUUACAAAAUGCUAUUCAAUUAACCAAUGAAUUGAUUAGAUUAAAAAAGGAAAGCACAACAACACCAUCAUCAAUGCCAGGACCGCAAUUUCAAGAAGGAGAUUACUGCUAUGGAUUGUAUGAAGGGUUAUGGUAUGUGGCUGUUGUAACAAAAGUCAUUGAUAACACAAAAAAGCUACAAUUAGCUUCGGAAUCGCCAUCAUCUAAAAAACCAGCAUAUGAAUAUUUCGUAAGAUAUGUUGGAUAUGGAAAUUCUGAAUUUGUUUCAAAAGAAAGAUAUACAAUCAAGGAGUACUAUCAUCCACCUGCUGAAUUCCUUCAACAAGGAGCAAGAUGUCUCGCAGUUAAUGCUAGUGAUCCAGAUGGAAUGUAUGAAGAAGCUGUAGUUGACAAGCUUACAGACAAGGAGACAGUUUGGGUCACUUUUAAAGAGCGGGGUGUGCUACAAGAGGUUCCUCUUCCACUGAUUCGAGUUGGAAAUGAACACUUCUAUGACCCCAAAUACAAACCUAAGAAGCUUAAAAAGAAGGAAUCAUCGAAUCGAACUGAAACAUUAUCGGGCCAACCUGUCACUUCACAAACUACAAGCAUUGCAAACAAAGGUACCACUACGGAACAACAAGGUAAAAAGUAUGAUCAGUCCGAAGCCGACGUCAUAGCAAAAAAGAAAAAGAAGCAAGAAAAGAGACAACAAAAACUUCAAGAGCAAGAGAAGCAACUUAAUCAAAAGAAACAAAAUUGGCAAAGUUUCAUGAGCAGAAAUUCAAGCACAUACAAGAACGCCGGAAAAACUUUGCAGGCCACCGAAAAGACCUAUACUCCUGCUCAAAAGAAAACCAAGCUAACCACAAGUGCUGGCUCAUCAGGUAGCAGUAGGCCAAAUAAUCGAUAG